CUACCUCCUCCAGCCUCUCCUCCUCCAUCUCCUCCACUACCUCCUCCAUCUCCUCCAGUCUCUCCUCCUCCAUCUCCUCCUCUACCUCCUCCAUCUCCUCCAGCCUCUCCUCCUCCAUCUCCUCCUCUACCUCCUCCAUCUCCUCCAGCCUCUCCUCCUCCAUCUCCUCCUCUACCUCCUCCAUCCCCUCCAGCCUCUCCUCCUCCAUCUCCUCCAGCUCCUCUUGUACCUCCUCCAUCUCCUCCAGCCUCUCCUCCUCCAUCUUCUCCUCUACCUCCUCCAUCUCCUCCAGCCUCUCCUCCUCCAUCUCCUCCAGCCUCUCCUCCUCCAUCUCCUCCUCUACCUCCUCCAUCCCCUCCAGCCUCUCCUCCUCCAUCUCCUCCAGCUCCUCUUGUACCUCCUCCAUCUCCUCCAGCCUCUCCUCCUCCAUCUUCUCCUCUACCUCCUCCAUCUCCUCCAGCCUCUCCUCCUCCAUCUCCUCCAGCCUCUCCUCCUCCAUCUCCUCCACUACCUCCUCCAUCUCCUCCAGUCUCUCCUCCUCCAUCUCCUCCUCUACCUCCUCCUGUAUCUCCUCCUCUACCUCCUCCAUCUCCUCCAGCUCCUCUUGUACCUCCUCCAUCUCCUCCAGCCUCUCCUCCUCAAGCGUCGCCUCUAACUCCUCCAUCUCCUCCAGCCUCUCCUCCUCCAUCUCCUCCAGCCUCUCCUCCUCUACCUCCUCCAGCCUCUCCUCCUCCAUCUCCUCCAGCCUCACCUCCUCCAUCUCCUCCAGCCUCUCCUCCUCUACCU